CAAAUAAUCUUGGUCAAAUCCAUUUUAAAUUUCAAAAUCAAACACACUUAAAUCCCUUCCGAUUGUAUCCAAUUGUUCGGAAAAAAAAAUCAGUAAAAUUGAUCGAUUAUGCUUAGGGUUUCAGAAAAAGAAUGCCGGUGUUACGCAGUGGUGUACGACUUGGCCGUGAUUCUCCUGUGGUAGUAAUCGAUAAUAAUAACAAUAACAAUAUUAAUAAGAUUAAUAGUAAUAAGAAGAAGAAGAAGGUAACCGGUACGGCCGGUGAGGCGGUGAAGCGAUCAGAAGGCAAGUACGUGAAGACACGCGCUGCGGUUGCUAAGGCUGCUGCGGCGGCGGUUGCUGUUGUUGAAGUGAAAGAAGAGGAAAAAGUGUGUGUGAAAAAAAAAGAAGAAGAAAAAGCAAUGGCGGAUGGCAGUGGUGGAUUGAGUGCUAAUAGAUUUUCUGGUCAGGAAGAAGAAGGAAAUACUGCUCCUUUUCCUGAUAAGGUUCAAGUAGGUGGAUCCCCUCAUUAUAAGGUGGAGAAAAAGUUAGGAAAAGGUGGGUUUGGUCAAGUAUUUGUAGGCCGUCGUGUUUGUGGUGGAACUGAUCGAAUAUCAGGUCCUGGUGCUACAGAGGUAGCUCUUAAGUUUGAGCAUAGAAACAGCAAAGGCUGCAGUUAUGGUCCUCCAUAUGAGUGGCAAGUUUACAAUACUCUGGGUGGCAUUCAUGGAGUGCCUAAAGUUCAUUAUAAAGGAAAACAAGGAGAUUACUAUGUUAUGGUUAUGGAUAUGCUUGGACCUAGUUUGUGGGAUGUCUGGAAUUCUUCUGGGCAGUCGAUGUCCUCAGAAAUGGUAGCUUGUAUAGCUGUGGAGUCUUUAUCGAUUUUGGAGAAGAUGCACGCAAGAGGUUAUGUGCAUGGAGAUGUAAAGCCAGAGAACUUUUUACUUGGUCAACCAUCAACACCUCAAGAGAAGAAGUUAUUUCUUGUUGACCUUGGGCUUGCAACUAAGUGGCGUGACAGUGGUCAACAUGUUGAUUAUGAUCAGAGACCUGACAUGUUUAGAGGAACAGUUAGAUAUGCGAGUGUGCAUGCACACCUGGGAAGGACAGCAAGCAGAAGAGAUGAUCUGGAAUCUCUUGCAUAUACUCUUGUCUUUCUUCAUCGUGGUAGACUGCCUUGGCAAGGGUAUCAGGGUGACAACAAAUCAUUUUUAGUGUGCAAGAAAAAAAUGACCACAUCUCCUGAAAUGUUGUGCUGUUUCUGCCCCCCUCCUGUAAAGCAAUUUAUUGAGAUUGUUUGGAACAUGAAGUUCGAUGAAGAACCUAAUUAUUCUAAACUAAUCUCUUUGUUUGAGGGUCUGCUUGGCCCAAAUCCUUCCAUAAGACCAAUCAAUACAGAUGGAGCUCAAAAGAUUAUAACUCAAGUUGGCCAAAAACGGGGCAGAUUGAAUCUUGCUGAAGAUGAUGAAGGGCAGCCUGCAAAGAAGAUUAGGAUGGGAGUCCCUGCUACACAGUGGAUCUCUGUUUACAAUGCCAGGCAACCUAUGAAACAAAGGUACCAUUACAAUGUUGCCGAUGCAAGACUUGCACAACAUGUUGAGAGGGGAAAUGCAGACGGUUUACUUAUCAGUUCCGUGUCUUCUUGUUCCAACCUGUGGGCUCUUAUAAUGGAUGCCGGAACCGGCUUUACAAGUCAAGUUUAUGAGCUGUCUCCUUUUUUCCUACACAAGGAGUGGAUAAUGGAACAAUGGGAAAAGAACUAUUACAUCAGCUCUAUUGCGGGUGCGAACAAUGGGAGCUCUCUUGUGGUGAUGUCUAAAGGGACCCCAUACUCUCAACAGUCGUACAAAGUAAGUGAGUCUUUCCCGUUCAAGUGGAUAAGCAAGAAAUGGAGAGAAGGGUUCCAUGUGACCUCUAUGGCAACUGCUGGUACACGAUGGGGUGUUGUCAUGUCACGCAAUGCUGGAUUCAGUGAUCAGGUAGUGGAGUUGGAUUUUCUGUAUCCAAGUGAGGGAAUCCAUAGACGUUGGGAUAAUGGGUAUCGUAUCACAUCAACUGCUGCCACGUCUGAUCAGACUGCUCUCAUCUUGAGUGUGCCUCGUCGUAAGCCCGGGGAUGAGACACAGGAAACUUUACGUACAUCCCAGUUUCCAAGUACACAUGUCAAGGAUAAGUGGGCAAAAAAUUUAUAUCUCGCGUGCAUUUGCUAUGGAAGAACAGUGUCUUGAUGAUAUAGCAAGGCCUGCUAGACGAUUAUCUUAAAUUGAGGAAGCCAUUAGUCUUUUUAUUACUCUUUUUUUUUGGUUACUUAUCAUUGUUUUGGUAACUGAAGAAGUGAUGUUAGAAGUUGGGGUUUUACAGAAAUGAUGUAAGAGAUUAUUAUUUAAUAUUGAAGCUGUAUAGUUGGCUCCUCGUAAA